AUGAAGUUCUCUCUCGCUCUCAUCACAGUUGGUCUGUUCGGUGGUGCGCUUGCACAGCAAGGGGUCCAGUGCCCAGGAAGCUGGUAUCUUCAGCCAGAUGACUGCAUGUGUAUGAACAGCAGGGAGGGAUAUCUGCUCAAGACACAGACGUUGGAUUGCUGCAAGAAGCUGGGGUACAAGACUUAUAACAACAUCUGCGCCGUGGACAGAAACAAGCGCCAGACGUUCAAGGACUGUUGCAAGGAUCUAAACCAGGAGAGCGUCAUUGGCCAUUGCCGUUGA